CAUGUAGACGACGAGCGCGAGUUCACUUACGUCAAGGAUAGUUCAAGAGGGCCGCAACAAUGGGGAGAUAUUAAAGAAGAAUGGGGGAAAUGUAAGAACGGGACAAUGCAAUCUCCGAUUGAUCUUUUGAAUGAAAGAGUUGAAACAGUUUCUCAUCUCGGAAGAAUGAAAAGGAAUUACAAGCCGUCUAAUGCCACACUACUUAAUAGAGGUCACGACAUGAUGUUGAAGUGGAAAGAUGGUGCGGGAAUCAUGGAAAUCAAUGGAAUUGAUUAUGAGCUUAAACAAUGUCAUUGGCAUUCACCUUCUGAACAUAGCGUUAAUGGAAAAAAGUUUGAUCUCGAAGCUCACUUGGUUCAUGAAAGUAAAAGUGGUAUGGUUGCGGUUAUUGGUAUCAUGUAUAAAUUGGGACGCCCUGAUAAUUUCUUAUCUCAGAUAAAUGAUCACUUGGGAAAGCUCGUAUAUGCCCUAGACGUGGAGAAAGUGGUGGGGAUGAUCGAUCCAAGGGCUAUUAAGAUUGGAAGUCGAAAAUAUUAUCGUUAUCAAGGUUCUCUUACCGUUCCUCCGUGCACUGAGAAUGUUAUUUGGACUAUUGUCAAUAAGGUUAGAACUGUAUCGAGAGAACAAGUAAAGCUACUGCGAGAUGCAGUUCAUGACAAAUCGAAGAGGAAUUCAAGACCAAUUCAAUCCACAAACCUGAGGAAAGUAGAACUUUAUAGACCAGAUGAUCAAGAGCUGAAUUAA